AGGACCCCCUUGGGAAUGAAGCGGCCUUUCAGGGCCACAGACGCUGCAGCCUCCCCUCCCCUCCUUAAAUAGCCGGCCUCCCUCCACAGCUGCACGGAGCCCACCGCCAGCACCACCACCCGCUGGCCACAGCCCACCUGCCACCCCGCAGCCCUCCUGCCCUUGCACCUGGACCCGGCUGUGAGAGGUCCCAGGCUCUGGAACCUGUCUGCUUGCUCCCUCCAGGUUCGUCCUCCAGCUCUGCUUCCAGCUGAAGCAUGAAUGGCCUCGAGGUGGUUUCCCCAGGUCUGACUGCCAACUCCUCCCUGGCCACUGCAGAGCAAUGUGGCCAGGAGACGCCGCUAGAGAACGUUCUCUUCGCCUCCUUCUACCUCCUGGAUUUCAUCCUGGCUUUUGUUGGCAACGCCCUGGCCCUGUGGCUUUUCAUCCGGGACCACAAGUCGGGUACCCCCGCCAACGUAUUCUUGAUGCACCUGGCCGUGGCCGACUUGUCCUGUGUGCUGGUCCUGCCCACCCGCCUCGUCUACCACUUCUCUGGGAACCACUGGCCGUUUGGGGAAAUCCCGUGCCGCCUCACCGGCUUCCUCUUCUACCUCAACAUGUAUGCCAGCAUCUACUUCCUCACUUGCAUCAGCGCUGACCGCUUCCUGGCCAUCGUGCACCCUGUCAAGUCCCUCAAGCUCCGCAGGCCCCUCUACGCGCACCUGGCCUGCGCCUUCCUCUGGGUGGUGGUGGCUGUGGCCAUGGCCCCACUGCUGGUGAGCCCACAGACCGUGCAAACCAACCACACGGUUGUGUGCCUGCAGCUGUACCGGGAGAAGGCCUCCCACCAUGCCCUCGUGUCCCUGGCCGUGGCCUUCACCUUCCCGUUUGUCACCACUGUCACCUGCUACCUGCUUAUCAUCCGCAGCCUGCGGCAGGGCCCCCGCGUGGAGAAGCGCCUCAAGAACAAGGCGGUCCGCAUGAUCGCCAUGGUGCUCACCAUCUUUCUGGUGUGCUUUGUGCCCUACCACGUGCACCGCUCGGUCUACGUGCUGCACUACCGCGGCCACGGCACCUCGUGCGCCGCCCAGCGCGUCCUGGCCCUCGGAAACCGCAUCACCUCCUGCCUCACCAGCCUCAACGGGGCGCUCGACCCAGUCAUGUACUUCUUUGUGGCCGAGAAGUUCCGUGACGCCUUGUGCAAUUUGGUCUGUGGCAAAAGGCUCUCGGGGCCACCCCCCAGCUUUGAAGGGAAAACCAAUGAGAGCUCGCUGAGUGCCAGGUCUGAGCUGUGAGCCCCGCAACGCCAAGCCUGGGCCCAGCCACAGGCUGUCUUCAGAAGGACUCCCACAUCAGGGUGCAAGCCACCCAGACUCAUGAAAGAGAGGUCCACCUACUCUCCAGUGGGUCACCCACUCUCUCCAAGGGCGAAACUCGGCACCCAGCACCCAGUUCUGCCUUAUCUGAUAUGCAAAACCCUAAAAGGGGACAGGCCUUAA